AUGGAGAGAGACCAGAACGAGCUGCAAUUCCUUGGGUUCCUCGGCGUCUACCGAGAGACCUCCAAGAUCAUCCUCAAAUGGAGGAAGAUCUUCGCCCAGAUCACGCUCGCACUCAUCCUCCCUCUUUGCGUCAUCUUCCUCGCCCACUCCUUCAAUAUUUUCGACCACGAGAUCACCCGGAACGACGUCUGGGUGGACGACCCGAAGUACAGGAACCUGUCUCGCAAGCUCAAGAAGGAGUGGGUCGCGUUCUGGCUCGUUAGGCUCGGCUACUUCAUCUUGCACUUCAUCUUCUCUCUGCACUUCAUCUUCAUCUUCAUCUCGUCUCUGCAUUCGACCUCGGCAGUUGUCUCCACAGUGGCCUGCGUUUACGCCGCCAAGCAGGUUACUUUCAAGAAGAUCAUGAGUGUUGUGCCCAGAGUGUGGAAGAGGCUCAUGGUCACUUUUUUCUGGAGCUUCGGAAUCUUCUUUGUGUACAAUGCUGUGGCUGUUGGGCUCUUGAUCGCAUGGCUUGUCAUCGUGAGGAAGUAUUCAGUUGGCCCUGCACUUGGGAUUGCCGUGGCGGUCAUCCUCUUGAUCUUGUACGUCAUCGGGUUUGUUUAUAUCACCAUGAUUUGGCAACUGGCGAGCGUGAUCUCGGUUCUUGAAGAUGCGUAUGGAAGGAAGGCGAUGGUGAAGAGCAAGAGGCUGAUAAAGGGCAAGAUGGGUCUGUCGAUUUGGUGUUUUCUUGGUGUCUUGGUGUGCGCCAUGCUGGUUCAGGCAUUGUUUGAGUGCUUUGUGGUCUUGAACUUCGUUCCUACAGGAAUCAAGAUUGGUGUUGGGCUGAUCUGCUUGUUGCUGCUGUUGAUGGUGGUGCUCUUCGAUUUGGUCGCGCAGACAGUGAUCUACUUCGUCUGCAAGUCCUACCACCAUGAGAACAUUGACAACUCCUCCUUGCCUGAUCAUCUCGAGGUCAAUCUUGGAGAUUGUCCCACUGAAGGCCAGAAACCUGUCCUGCUUGAGCAACUUCAUGCCUGA